UACUUUCACUCUCCGGCUGUUUUCUUAUUGGAUAUAGGGGAUUUGCCUGUAGAGCCUGACUGUGGGACUGUGAAAGAGGCUCUGUUAACGCCAAGCAAUUGAUUUGCCAAUAAAGGUUGGCUUUAUUUUUCCCAUCAGCCCCUCUACUGUGCCGGCUACUGAGGGCUUGUGUGGGAUGCAGCAUAACUAGUAUCGGUUUUGGAGUAUAACAAUUACCAGCUUAACUAGAGUGAUGGUUCAUAAGGCUAUGGCUAUAAUUAGGUCAAGCUGUCUUGCUUGUUAAAUUUCCCUUCAGCUCCCAAACUUGGCAGUGGGAAUGAACUCUGGGCCUUUUUUAGGAUUGCUGUCAGUCUCCCCUGGCAAAGAGCAUUGGGGAGCAGCGCCUUUGCUCCUCUCCUUGCUGCCGGAGCCCAUGAACACAGGCACACUGAUGUCCUCUCUCUGUCACAGGGGCUUCUGAGCUGUCAUGGGGAACACCACCAGUGAGCGAGUGUCUGGGGAGCGCCAUGGCUCCAAGUCCCACCGCUCGGAUGGCUCCGGUGCCCCCCACCCUGCCAAGGAGCACCCGCACAAGAUCAUGGUGGGCAGCACCGACGACCCCAAUGUUUUCAGCUCCCAUGACUCCAAGAUUCCUGGGGACAAGGAGUUUGUGUCAUGGCAGCCAGAUCUGGAGGAGUCAGUGAAACCGUCCCAACAGGCUCGUCCCACUGUCAUCCGCUGGGCCGAUGGAGGCAAAGAGGUCUUCAUCUCCGGAUCUUUCAAUAACUGGAGCACCAAGAUCCCACUCAUCAAGAGCCACAAUGACUUUGUCGCUAUCCUGGACCUCCCAGAAGGAGAGCACCAGUACAAAUUUUUUGUGGAUGGCCAAUGGGUCCAUGACCCAUCUGAGCCUGUGGUCACCAGCCAGAUGGGGACGAUUAAUAACCUGAUUCACGUCAAGAAAUCUGACUUCGAGGUGUUCGAUGCUUUGAAGGUGGAUUCCCUGGAGAGCUCAGAAACCUCAGGUCGGGACUUAUCAAGCUCACCACCUGGUCCUUACGGCCAAGAGAUGUAUGUAUACCGGCCCGAGGAGCGCUUCAAAUCCCCACCCAUCCUCCCGCCUCACCUCCUCCAGGUCAUCCUCAACAAGGACACCAAUAUCUCGUGUGACCCAGCACUGCUGCCCGAACCCAAUCACGUCAUGCUCAAUCACCUCUAUGCGCUCUCCAUCAAGGAUGGUGUGAUGGUGCUCAGUGCCACGCACCGCUACAAGAAGAAGUACGUCACCACGCUGCUGUACAAGCCCAUCUGAGCCGGGGCCUCGCCCACCCCCCACGCAGGACACGAAACACCGCUUUGUCUGCACACACUGGGCCACGGGACUGUGUGAGAACUGGCCACUGGCUCCAGCCUUGAACCUGGCAGGGACACAGGCCCCAGCAAUGAGCCCAAGGCCGCUGGGGCCUGUGACACUGUCCCAUCCUACUGGUGUGGUUUGAUUUAACCCUUGGUUUCUGCCCACCUACAGCUUCCCUUGGCUUCUGUGAGUCUCUGGGGCCACUUUGUUGGCUGCUCACCAGAAUAGCCUUUCCUUGCGCCUGACAUGGCAAGGGCUUCACACUACCUGUCUUCUGCAGCCUGCAAGGGCUCCACGGCGGUCCUGGCACUGCCCCCAGCCCAGGCCUCCAGGAACGUGUCCUACCUGCUGAAGGUUGCUCUGCUGUCCUGGUGAUGAGCCUCCAAGGCCACCUUGAUCCCUAGGGGCUCUGGGACACCCCAGCCUGACCCCUGUCCCGCAGCCCUGAGUGUGGGGCUGCCCCCCUCCUUGUGCUCCCCAGCUUCAAGGAGGGCUCUCAGCUCUGGCUACCUGCAGCCCCAGCCCUCUGCCAGGUUCAGUGUUGAGCCAGUGGGAGGGAGGGUACAGCUGGACGCAGCCGUGCUUACCUGCCGCCGGGACAGCAACAUCAAGGACUGAAUGCAUGCCCCGUCCCCAACAUGGAGUGCUCCUGUGGGGCAGGGCUGACCGUCACAGCCAGAGGAGCACCUGCACACGCCCAUGCUGGAGGGGGCCUGGGGAGAGCGGAGCAGUGCAGGUACCCCAGAACCCCGGCUACACCGCCUGCUGCCAGAGCAGUGCCACGUGACAGCGUUUUCUCUAUUUAUUACAGUAUUUAUUGUUCUCAGUGCUGCUGGCCUGGUGUUGGUGGGGGACUCUGGAGCAGCGAGGGGAGGGAAGGGAGCACCCGGUGGGGUGCAGAGCUGCCCUUGGGGUGCUGGGGUGGAGCUCAGAGCCACCCCCUUGGGGCCAGCUGGUGCCUAUGGCACCCUGCGCUGUGGGUAGCUUGGGGAGGGGGGAGCACAGCUGCAGAGAUGGGUAUGCCAGAAACACCACAACCCAAAGGAAACCUUUAUUGGGGACUCUCCAACCACU